UCGAACUCAUGACCGCCUGCUUGCAAGGCAGGUGCUUAUGCUGCUGAGCUAUAUCCCCAGCCCCAAGAUCACUUUGUUUUUUAAUUGUAAAUAUUAACUCGCCUGGGCAGAGUAGCCUGUAGCUGCAAUCCCAGCACUCCGGGAAGCUGAGGCAAGAGGAUAGAAAGAUCAAGCCAAGCCUGAACUACUAUAUAGCAAGACCCUGUAUCAAAAAACUAAAACCAAACUUGAUGUGAUAGCCCAUGCCUGUAACCCCAGCAUUCAAGAGGCUAAGGCAGGAGGAUCUCUGUGAAGUCAAGGUCUAGAAACAGCUUGGCCCUGUUUAAAAAUACCAAAGAAAAUGUCUGGAAAGUGCUACAGUCAUAGCCACAGUUUUACCCUAAAAAAUACAGAUCACAACUGCGUGUGGUGGCCCACACCUGUAGUCCCAGCUACUUGGGGCUAAGGCAAGAGGAUGGGAGGCUCAAAUCCAGCCUGGGUAACUAGGUGAGACUUAAAAUGAAAAGAGCUGGCUGGUGGUGUGGCUCAGAGAGAAGGCCCUGGGUUCUGUCCCCAGAGCCUCACGAACCAAACAAGCACUCACAUUAAUUAUGCAAAUUAACUGGUCUGCUAUGCCCUUCCCGAACAUUUGUAGCUGUACUGUGCCUCAAUGGUACCCAUCCUUUCCUUCCUCCUCUCUCCUGGUCCUUCCUCCCCCCAAUCACAGUUGCUCUUCUACUUUCACAUUUGUUUGUCGUUUUGGUCUUUGUAACACAGGGAAUUGAACCCAGGGCCUUUGCAGUGAGCUAAAAGCAGCCUUUUCUAUUUUUUAUUUUGAGACAGAAUCUCCUUAAGUCACUAAGUUGCCCAGGCUGGACUUGAACUAUCCAUCCUCCUGCCUCAGCCUCCUCCUGGGUGAUGGGAUCCCAGACCCGGCCACAGGCAUGAGGAGCCCCGGGGCGCGAUGACAGCGCUGGCGCCGGGCUGGAGACCGACGUGCACCCUGCUGCUGCUGCUGCUGCUGCUGAGCCCCAGCCUGCUCGGGACCCCCAACUGCUCCUUCCCCUACAACCCCAUCUCCUCCAACUUCAGAGAUAAAUUCAACGAGCUGUCUGACUACCUGCUCCAAGACUACCCAGUCACGCUGGCCGCCAACCUGCAGGAGGAGCAGCUCUGCGGGAAGCUCUGGCACCUGGUCCUAGCCCAGCGCUGGAUGGAGCGGCUCAAGACAGUGGCCGGGCUGAAGAUGCAAAAGCUGCUGGAGAUGGUCAACACGGAGAUCCACUUUGUCACCGUAUGUGCCUUCCAGCCCCUCCCCAGCUGCCUUCGCUUCGUCCAGACCAACAUCUCCCACCUCCUGCAGGACACUGUGGCUCAGCUGGAGGCCAUGAAGCCCUGGAUCACCCAUCGGAAUUUCUCUCAGUGCCUGGAGCUGAGGUACAGACCCCUCCACUGCCCUGCCCCCAAGGAGCCCAGGGGCCCGGGAGGCGACAGAGCUGCCCACCCCAGCAUCCCAGUCCCUGCUCCUCCUGCUGCUGCUGCCACUGGCCGCCCUCCUGCUGCUGCCCACUGUCUGGUAUCUGCUCAGGCUGCGGUGCAGGCCAAGAGGAGGACCCGGUUCCAGCUAGAGGAGUCACCUGCCAGAGGACGCGCCGGGCACAGCGGAAGUUGGCCGCAGGCUGCUGCCUCCCUCGUCAGUGCUGCUACCCUGGCUCUCUUCCCAGGACGGAGGCGAUGCCAGGACACAGCCCUGGCCCCACUCACCCCUUGCUGUACAAAGCGCUUGUCCUCAGCAACCUGUAUAUAAAUCGUUCUUUUCUACCA